UUUACUCGUAUCAGUAUAGGGAAUCAACAGUUACAAUCAAACCGACAGGACUUUAUAUGCAUUGUGUUCUUUUAAUGCUAUCUCUAUGUAUUUAAAAACCUGCCUACAUCAAACAAGGCCUGGGUACAUCAAACUAUAAAUCUUGCAUAUGGCUGUAUGUGGAAUGGCAUGCUUUCCAAGCCAGCUUGAAAAACAUAUACAAAUAACACGACGUGUUGAUGCUUUAAAGAACGAUUAUGCGACCAGUUCUUGUCUUAGUAAUGUUUGUCAACCUUAUGCUACGAUCAUCAGAAAUAGAUAUGUGUGGUUACUUUCCAUUUCAUUGUUCUCGUACUGUUUAGGAAUAUAUCUUGUCGGUUUACACCUGCCUUCUUUUAUUGUCUCCAAAGGAUUUUCCGCCAUCCAGGCUGCAUCCCUGAUUUCUCUAAUGGGAUUUUUCUCGGCAUUUGGGAGAUUGACAGCAGGUGUUCUGGAAACAUGGAAUUUGUGAACGAUAUGACUGUGUAUGCUGUGCCGCCUCUCAUAUUAUCCGUUGUCAUCUUUACGUAUCCGCUGUUUGCCAACGCUUUCGCUGGACAUAUUGCAUUUGCUGUGAUCUUCGGACUCCUUUUUGGGUCUCUGUUCGUCAUGUACCAGUCGGUGAAUGUUCAUUAUGUGGGAAUAAAGAACUUGUCCGUGGCAUUAGGAGUGGAGUUUAUGGUAUGUGGAAUUGGUGGAAUAAUUGGACCUGUUUUAGCCGGACUGCUAAUAGACAUGGGAGGGUCGUAUGAGCUGUCUCUUCAGCUUGCAGGCGUUUUCAUUCUUCUUGCCAGUAUCACAGGUCUCAUGACAUUGUGUUUCAAACCCACAGAGACGCCAAACGUUAUCUGCUCCAUCGACGACGCAGAGUUAUCAAUGAAAACGAAUGAGUGACAUAAAAAUAUUUUAUAUACAUAUGUUACUGUUCAUCUCCACAUAAGCCGGUGCUAGGGCUGGGACAGUGUUGCAUUUACUCGUAUCAGUAUAGGGAAUCAACAGUUACAAUCAAACCGACAGGACUUUGGAUGCAUUGUGUUCUUUUAAUGUUAUCUCCAUGUAUUUAAAAACCUGCCUACAUCAAAUAAGGCCUGAGUACAUCAAACUAUAAAUAAUAAUGUGUGUGUUCAUAGUAUUGUACACGACAAAAAUAUUAUAAAGGAUACGACAGUCCCACAUGCACCAUCAUAUUUAUUAAAAGUGUAAUAAUAAAAAUCUGUCGCAAUUGUAUAAUAAGUUUUAUAUAACAUUUUAAUGAGUACUAAUACAAGAACGACACAUGGCGUCUGAGCGUAUAGUGGUGUAUUUUCUGUUGUCUGUAUAAUUACGUACAUGGGUUAUGGAUAAUUUUCGAAGAGAACCAUAACAAUUUUAGUGCAUUUUAUAAGUUUCCAUUUAUUUCAUUUGAUAGUUCGAAACAUAUUCGAUAGUAUAUAUGUUUUAUUUACUCUAUUUUUAUUUUGCUUUUCCUUCUGGUUUGUACAAUGAUGCAUUCAGUAUAAGACAAUUUGCAGACAUAGUUUAAAAACUUGAAUUAACUUGCUUAGGCGAAUUAUGUCUAAUGGCUGUCUUUGAAAUGAAUGCAUCGUUCUUAUUUAAGAGUUGUCAAUGUUGCUCUGGCUUGAUGCAUUAAUUUAGAUGCAAUUACUGUAUGCGGUCGUUGAGUACUUGAAAUUACUUUAUCA